UGAGAACCUUCAAUCGGUUUAGAUGCGGGCGGAUAUAUAGUAUUAUUUUUUAUUUUUUUAAAUAAAUAUAAAAAAACAUAAGAAUUAAAUAUAAAAGAAAAAUAAAUUUUUUCAUUAACGUAUAGUCAAAUACUUUAAUUUAUAAUAAGUAUUGAAUAGAAGACAGAAUAAAUAAUUGGUUAUAAUUCGAUAAAAUUGAGCUUAAUUCUUAACUGAUCUAGUAACUAUUUAUGUUUUAUACUUAAUUAUAGUUAUUAAAAAAGUGUCAUUUCGAAAUAAAUACUAGUGUGCCAAUGUGUUAUUGACUUAAAACAAAAAAAAAAAGUAAACUUCUUCUGGUUUCUUCUAUAACUUUGUCAAUUGUAGUUUCGUCGAGGAGCUCAAGAAUGAAAAAAAUAAAAAUAACACCGUAUUUUACAUAAGUACAUACUUUAAAUGAUUUGCGAAUAUUUUAUUUGUUUGUGGUGUUUUAAAAUGUCUUUUUAAAUUUAGUUAAUGGAAUUUUUUAAACAAAAUCCAAAAAAAAACAAAAAACAAAAAGAAACUUGCAAAAUAUCUAUCCGUAACUUAUAUCUAUUCCAUAACUUAUAGAGUGACAUAGAAGAAUAAAUACAGUGAUUAAAAAGUUUAAGUGUGUUAAAGUGAAUAACGUAUAAAUAAUUUUUUGACGAUUUAAGACACAAUCAGUAUUAUUAACAUUUUAGGUGUUGAUUUUUUUUGUUCAAAACGAAUAAUUUUUGGAUUCUUUUUUUCACUUAAUCUAAACUCUAAAGGAUUCCACUUACAUUGGAAAUUUUAUAUAAAUUGCGUGAAUUGAAAAAUAUUUCGAAGUAAUCGGAUUAAUGAACAUAUAAAGUUGCAUUCCUUGCACAGAUUUAUUUACCUGUGCACAUAUCAAUAAUAUUUUGAAAAGAAAAGGGAAAAAACGCAAUAAUAACAAAAACAAGAGAAACAAAAAAAUCAUUUAUGUAGUUUAUUUUUGUCAUUUAAAAGUGGAAAGAACCGCACGUACUGCGAAAAAUAAAAGCGACGCUAAUUUGGAACCGCAUAAUUAGGCAUUCAAGGUAUAAAAAAUUCAUUACACUACGGAUUGUGUACAAAAUUCUUCAAAGAUAUUAGCAAAAAAAAUUCAAAAUUGAGAAAAGAGAAAAAAAACACACAACUAAAACUAGUGUAAAUUCAAGUUUGACAAAAAAAAAAAAGAACACAAAACGAAAAACAUUUCAAAAUAGUUUAAAAAUUUUUCACACAGUUGUCGCUCUUCUAUAUAAACAUAACCUUAACAAUUUCGAACACACGAUAUUGACAACACUAAGUAUAAAAUAAUACACAACACAAAACUCGUAAUGCAGUUAUUUGGCUUCAUUUAAUUCAGAAUUCAAAGAUGUCAUGAUGGAUUCUUUAACACAUGAAAAGAUUUGACUAGUAUUUUUGUAAUUAAUGGCAAAAUAUAAAAUGAAAAAGUCUUAAAUGAAAUUAUUAAAUCAACUUUCAACUGUAGUAUUAAGAUACUGUUAAAAUUUAGGGAGAAAAACUUCAACAAAUAACAAAAAAGAAGAACACUAAUUUUAUUUCGUGUUUUUGGAAUAAAUACUCCGAAAUUAAUUUAGCACAAUUCAUUUGAACUGCCAUCUUCUUUUGGUUUACAUACAAAAAAGAUGGCGGAUCUAAGAAAGCUACGAAACCAGUUUUUAUUGAUUCUAACAUUAUUAAUAUCAAAUAUAUCUGCUGAUAGUGUACAACAUGUUAGCGAUGACGAUGUUCAUCUAGGUGGUACAAAUGGAGGAAGCAUUGGGAGUGGUAUAAUGCAUUCAAGUUCAGGUGGUAUGCAUUCAGAUAUAAUGCACUCCGGUGGAACACCAUCACCAGCACUUGGCGUACCAAUAAUGCCAAGCGAAAAUUCAAAGUGUGAAGUAAUAACAACACCAAUGUGCCGGGGCAUUGGUUAUAAUUUAACAUCAUUUCCAAAUGAAAUGAAUCAUGAAACACAAGAAGAAGCAGGCCUGGAGGUUCAUCAAUUUUGGCCAUUAGUUGAAAUAAAAUGUUCACCAGAUUUAAAAUUCUUCUUAUGCUCAAUGUAUACACCAAUUUGUUUAGAAGAUUACCAUAAACCGUUACCAGUAUGCAGAUCAGUUUGUGAACGUGCACGAGCUGGAUGCGCACCGAUUAUGCAACAAUAUAGCUUUCAAUGGCCGGAAAGAAUGGCUUGCGAAAAUUUACCAUUACAUGGUGAUCCAGAAAAUUUAUGUAUGGAACAACCUAGUUAUACUGAUGAAGGUGGCGGUGGAAGUCAUUCUGAAAGUGGCCGAGGUAGUAUGGGCGGCAGUGGUGGUAGUUCAUCCAAGGCGACAAAGAAACCCUCAUCACAAAAAUGUAAAGGUAAAAAUUCAAAAAACUGUCAAAACACCCCAGGAAGCGAAAAAACAACAAAGGAAUGCGCGUGUACCUGUCGAGCACCACUAGUGCUCCUGGGGAAGGAAAACCUUUGGUACAACACAACAGUAGGAAAGGUCGCCGGCGUACCAAAUUGCGGGAUCCCAUGCAAGGGCCCGUUCUUCACAAGCGAAGAAAAGGAGUUCGCAAACAUAUGGAUAGCACUGUGGUCGGGCCUGUGCUUCAUCAGCACCCUAAUGACACUGACCACAUUCAUCAUAGACACGGAAAGGUUCAAAUACCCUGAGCGGCCAAUAGUUUUCUUGUCAGCAUGUUAUUUUAUGGUAGCAAUUGGUUAUUUAUCGAAAACAUUUAUGGGAAAUGAUGAAAUUGCUUGUGAUGGUAGAGUUAUAAAACAAUCAUCUACAGGGCCAAGUUCCUGUACGUUGGUGUUCUUAUUAGUAUAUUUCUUUGGAAUGGCUUCAUCUAUUUGGUGGGUUGUCCUGUCUUUCACAUGGUUCUUAGCAGCUGGUUUAAAGUGGGGUAAUGAAGCGAUAACUAAACAUUCACAAUAUUUCCAUUUAGCUGCGUGGUUAAUUCCAACUAUACAAAGCGUAGCAGUUUUACUGUUAUCGGCUGUGGAUGGUGAUCCCAUUCUUGGCAUUUGCUACGUUGGGAAUAUGAACGUUGAUAAUUUAAAAACAUUUGUUUUGGCGCCACUUUUCGUGUAUCUUGUUAUCGGCACAACAUUCUUAAUGGCAGGAUUUGUGUCUCUAUUUCGAAUACGGUCUGUAAUUAAACAACAAGGUGGUAUUGGAGCUGGUGCAAAAGCUGAUAAAUUAGAAAAAUUAAUGAUUCGAAUUGGUAUUUUCUCCGUCCUAUAUACUGUCCCAGCAACAAUUGUAAUCGCCUGCUAUUUGUAUGAGGCAGCAUAUUUUGAAGAUUGGAUACAAUCCUUGGCUUGUCCAUGUUCCACCGCAACUGGACAUAGACAAAAACCUUUAUACUCAGUAUUAAUGCUUAAAUAUUUUAUGGCGCUUGCUGUUGGCAUCACUUCAGGUGUAUGGAUUUGGUCUGGUAAAACAUUGGAAUCUUGGAGAAGAUUCUGGAGGAGAUUGUGUGGGGUACCUGACCGUACAGGUGCCAAUCAAGCGUUAAUCAAACAAAGACCUCCAAUACCACACCCAUAUGCUGGAUCAGGAAUGGGAGUACCUGGUUCGGCAGCUGCAUCGUUGUUAGCAACACCAUACACACAAGCUGGGGGCAGUGUUGCCUCAACAUCACAUCAUCAUUUACAUCACCAUGUGUUGAAACAACCGCCAGCUAGUCAUGUAUGA